CCUCCAUCGUGCCUCACGUUAGUGCCUCGACCGCGCACGCAAGCGACAAUACGCCUGCGAUCAACACGAUCGCGGAAUAAAUACAAAAAACAUCGUGCAGUAUUAGUGACAAAGUAACAAAGUGACUAAACAAACAUUGGUGAUCGUUGAAUUAACAUAUGUGAAUAAAGAUGACGUUGAAACUUGACGUACGAGAAAUAGAAGGAAAAACUAACUUAUUAAAUUGUGCGUUUUGCUAACGAUACACAAGAUGGAAGGACUGCGUGUGACGCACCAGGGUGUGCGGGCGCAUUCGGCUGAAGGUUCCGCGGGUCGCAUCACCCAAGCGGGCCUAGCCGCGCGCAGUCCUGAAGGCACCGCCGCUAAAGGGAUGGCCAUCAAGGGCCAUGAAGACCUUUGGGUGGAAAUACAAGCUAAUACGUUUAGAAAUUGGGUAAACGAAACAUUGAAACCGGUGAAUAUAAAGGUAGUGGAUUUAGUAGAAGACCUUCGAGAUGGCACUAUUCUAUGUGCACUUGUGGAAGCACUACAAGGCAGGCGACUGAAAGGGUGGAGCAAGAAUCCCAACAACCAACACCACCGGUUGGAGAACGUCACAACUGCUUUGCAAGCAAUUGAAGACGACGGCGUCAAGCUAGUCAAUAUUGGUAAUGUCGACAUCGUCAAUGGAAAUCUGAAGUUAAUAUUAGGAUUAAUAUGGUCUCUUAUAGUACGCUAUCAAAUUGGUAGAAGCAAAUUCCCACCGAGGAAACUGAUGUUAUCGUGGCUGCAAGCAGCUUUGCCCGAGUGUCGAGUCAGCAAUUUGACGACGGAUUGGAAUAGCGGGGUUCUGCUAUCGGCUCUUCUUGACUAUUGCAAGCCGGGCGUAUUCCCACAUUGGCGAGAACUGAACCGUCAUGAAGCGAUAGAGAAUUGUCGUCGGGCCAUGAAGUUAGCGUAUCGCGAGUUCGAAGUACCAAUGGUGUUAGAGCCUGAGUAUCUAGCAUCGCCGUGGCUAGACGAACUGUCAGGCAUGACAUAUCUAUCUUACUUCAUGAAGCCCGACUCCCCUGGCUUUCGAGCUACGCUGGAUUGGGUCAAUUCUAAACUGGAGAGAGGAGUUACUAAUUUCACGACUGACUGGAACGACGGGCGGGUGGCUAACGAGCUGGUGCGCACCAUGGGAGGCCCGGCACCGCCGCCUAGUAGACUGCGUCGAGAUCCCGCCAAGUGGGAGGAGAACAAUCAACAAGCUAUAGAUGCAGCUAAGAAAAUUGGAGUGCAACCGGUACUGUCCGCGCGGGACAUGAGCCAGAACGAUAUGGAGCACCUGGGCGUAAUGGCGUGGGUGUCUCAGUUCCGUAACGUGCCGCCGCGGCCACCGGUACACGACAUGCUGCGCGUCGCACUUGACUCUACCUCUGGCAGAGUUGGAGAGCCGACAUACAUUAAAGUAGAGAGCAUAUCAAAUGAACUGUCGAUCUCCGAUGUAAGAGUGUCGAUUGUAAAUCCAUUGGAAAAAGAGUCAAGACUGAAGUUGGACUCGAGAGGGGCCGGCGAGUUCGUGCCCGAACACGCUGGCAUGCAUGAGAUAGUUCUCACUGUUGACGAUAUCAGAGUGGACGGAAAAUAUUUCUUCCGAGUGCUACCAAGAUUGGUAACAGUACCGCCGCCUGGCAUGGCGCCUUGCGCCGCGGGCAGCAUUGUCGAAGUGCUGGUCAGCGCUACAGGUGCACCAAGAAGAGAAGACAUCGACGUGACAGCACACUCACCGAGUGGGCGCGCGGUGCCCCUGCAGCCCCGCCACCCGCCGCCCUCCGCGCCCGGUACCACCGCUUCCAGUGCCACGUUCCAGCCAGACGAAGCUGGCACUUGGACUAUAGCCAUCACAUACAAGGGCAAACAUAUUCAGGGCGGACCGUUCACCUGCGAAGUGUUUGAUCCGGCCGGCGUCCGAUUGAGCCCCGGUGCGCUGGAAGGGGCUGAGCCGCUAAAACCUCAUUCUUUUGAACUCGAUACGAGCGGAUGCGGAGUCAAAGGCGACCUGCAGCUCGACAUUGUUCACGACAAACGUAGCGUCAUGUGCGCACUGGAGAAACUCUCUAAAACUAAAUACCGCGCCACAUUCAUGCCCAAAGCGCCGGGUAAACAUCGGCUUUACAUCUAUUUCAAUGGGUACGACGUGCACGGCUCGCCGCACAUCUUCAGAGUGGGCUCGCGAUCAAAGAAACCUCGUGACAGCGCCAGCCCCUCCUAUGCCAGGAUAUCCAGUCCAGUAACUCGACUGCGCUCGGAAAGUCCACUCAAUCAAUUCAACACAUACGAUACAAAACGUAACACGAGUUCAAUAGACCGUCGCGAAGAGGGCCGAGACUCCGAAUAUUACAAAACAUUUUCCGAUGUCAAGGAGAAGAGCUACGACGUCAUAGACUCGUACACUUCAACAAAUAGAAAGGACUACACGAGAUAUGAAUCGGAGAGUCCGAGGAAUCGUACUGCGAGUCCUAUAACUUCGAAGCAUUUGGGAAACGGGACGCGUCUAGAUGUGAAUAGGUCUAGCAGCCCGUUCAGAGGCGGCAGCCCGUAUCGAACAACGAGCCCCAUAGGACGUACGUCGAGCCCGCUCACGAGAAAGGACAGUCCGCUGAACAGAACGUCAAGUCCAAUUAACAGAGUAAGCAGCCCAACAGAGAGAUACAGUCCUGUGACAACAACGAAGCGUGUUAUUGAGAAACGUUCCAAUUACAAAAUCUACAGUUCGUACAGCGGUUCGCAGGAGAACCUCGAUCAAAGCCCGCUUUCGUCUUUAGAAACUGAAAAAGUACGCGGUUACAACAGUCCAAGUGCAGUUGAAGGGAGCGAUCCCGGGGGAAAGUCGUUCAUCAGUAGGAAGGAUUCAUGGGAUACUGUGGAGAAAACUAGGCAAAUGUUGAGCACUAACAGCCUAGACCCGGUCAGCUCAUCGGAGCGUCACUACACUCCAUCUGGCCAGAAUACUUUGGACCGCGAAACGCAACGUAACACGCAGCUAAACCGGUUUAGCGAUUACACGCACGACACCUUCAACAGACAACUCAAUCGAUUGGCCGACGACCGAGAGACAGACUAUACCACCAGGCAAGAGUACAAGCGCGAGGUGCGCGAGAGCUCGUAUGUGGUACGCGACUCCUCAUACAGCGCGGCGGAGGAGAAGCAACAACAGGAGCAGUCUUUUUUAUCCAAUAGGCCCCCCCGCGACCCUACCGGGGGGGCCCUCACUGAAACGGAUGCCGCGCAUGCUCGUUUCAGAUUAGAUCAAAGGGAAAACAAUAAAGGUGCCAAAGGAAUAAUAAUUAAACCGACCUUCAAAGGAAUUGUCGGUAGACCUGUAGAAUUUAUAGUUGAUGGCGGCUCAGCAGGACCUGGUGAGCUAGAGCUAGAAGUAUCCAGUGGCAAUGGAACUCUAGUCGCAAGUUCCGUGAGAGCACUGGGAGGUCAGCGCUAUGUGGCUUCGUUCACCCCACGCAUACUACACCCACACUCCGUCCGCGUCACCUUCAAUGGGGAACACGUUAAAGGAUCUCCGUGGAAGGUUGAGGUGAUGGCGGGGCCGGCGGGCGGCGGCGGCGGGGAGCCCACGCGGCUCAUCCCCGCGCGGGUGCCGGCCGUCUUCGAGAUAUCCACGUCGCCGGGCGCGCCCACCUUCAGCAAGAAUGAGGUCGGUGUAACGGUGACCGCGCCGUCGCGGCGGCCGGUGGCAGCGCGCGUGUUGGACGUGGCAGAGCGACCAGGCGUCUAUCGCAUUGAGUUCACACCUGAAGAGGUCGGCACUCACCUCAUUGAUGUAUCAAUUGCUGAAGAUAAGUUAGCUGCCGGUCCUCUGGUGGCCAAAGUGUACGACUCGAGUCUUAUCAAAGUAACAGACGUCGGCAACGCGGUUGUCGGACAACAGUGCCAGUUCAGAGUUGACGCGAGCGCUGCCGGUGAGGGGCAAUUAGAAAUUUCAAUAAAUGAGGGUGAAGUCCCCAAUCACGUACAAGUGGUAGGUGGAGGAAGGUGUUUAGUAUUCUGGAGACCAGAAGCUCCGACGCCUCAUCGAGUGGACAUCAAAUUUAAUGGGGAACCAGUACCAUUAUCGCCGUUCGUCUUUGACGUAGCCCCUGCACAGAGAGUCACCAUAGAUACGUCGCAAAUUGAGUUAAUACCAGUCGGAGAGAUAGCAUCAUGUUCGGUACGAGUGGAAGGGUCAGGAGGUGGGGAACUGACGGUAACUGUCAGAGGGCCUCGAGGAGAGGUCCCCGUUCGCCUCACCGGUGAUGCAGCAUCAGGGCUGGUUGCCAGCUUCACACCAAAAAAUGUCGGACCCCACACCCUUACUGCUCACUACAACAACCAGCCAGUACCAGGUACACCAUUUGUGUGCAAAGCAUAUGAUGGAAAGUUGGUCAGUGUAAGCGGUGGUGCAUCAGCCAGGGUAGGUGUGCCUGUACAGCUAGCUGUAGAUGCAGCACAAGCGGGGGAAGGUAAUUUGGAGAUCACAGUGGCUGCAAGAGGGUUGAACAUACCCACACAAGUCCAUCCACAGGGAAAUGCCAGAUUUACUGUCUCCUUUACACCAACUGAAGCUUGUGAACACAUUGUCAAUGUAUCAUUUAAUAAGAUGAAAGUCCCCGGCUGUCCUCUCAUAGUAGCUGUCGCAGAGGGAGGUGGCGGGGGCGCGAGGGUGACACUGCCAGGCCCUGUACCACUGCACAGACCUGCAGCACUAACAUUGCAUCACCCCACUGCCACGCUCGACCAAAUUGAAGUAAAUGUUGAAGGUCCAAACGGCGCGUCCGUGCCGGCGGCGGUGGCGGCUGCGGGCCCGGCCGCAUUCCGCGCGGAGUUCGUGCCGCGAGCGGUCGGCGAGCACCGCCUCAAUGUGCUCGUCGACUCCGUGCCCAUACCUGCAAGCCCUUUCCAUUUAAAGGUGUAUGACGUCUCAGCGAUUCGAGUCAAGGAUGUCGCUCAUGGUACUGUUGGAAAGCCUGUGACAUUCUUAGUGGAAACAAUGGCGGCGGGUCCGGGUAACCUGGAGGUGACGGUGAAUGGCGGGCGCGUGCCGACCGCUGCGGCCGCCCAGGGUGCACAUACCUACGCCAUCAGCUUCACGCCGCGCGACCCUCGACCUCAUACUGUCGAGUUGCGAUUCAACGGCGACCAUGUGCCCGGCAGUCCAUUCGUGUGCCACAUCUCUGCGCCUGCGCGCGUCAUCGGCGCGGGCUCGGGCGAGUCCCCGGACAAGGUGUCUGUGGGUGACGCGUACACAUUCAGCGUGGACUCGCCCGCGUCGCCACAUGUAGACGUCCUGGGACCUGCGAGGAGACCAGUACCUGUACAGGUAUCUGCCGAAGAAACAGUGGGAGAAAACGAAGCAAGUAAAAGAUAUACCAUUUCGUUCGUACCAGUCGAUGUUGGCGACCACAGUAUUGAGGUCCGUGCAGGUGCAAUGGGUGGCCACGUGGAGGGUAGUCCGUUCUUAGUGAAGGCAUACAGCGCAGCGCGUGUCUCCGUCACAGACAUAUCGCCCGGCGUUGUCGGCAGACCCGUCUCCUUCACUAUCAAUGCAUCUCACGCUGGUGCUGGUAACUUGGAAAUCAUUGUCGCCGUCAAUGGUAGAAAUGUCCCGAACUAUGUGCAAAGCGAAGGAAAUGCCAGGUUUAAGGUGAACUUCAAACCGGUAGAGGCGGCGGUACACAAUCUGUCUGUGCGUUUCAACGGACAUGCGGUGCCGGGCUCGCCGUUCUCGUGCGUCGUGUCCGCACCUCCCGCCGCGCCCGACGCCCGCGCCACCGGCCCCGGCCUCAGCUCCGCCCCGCGCGCACAACCCGCAGAUAUACAUCUCACUGGAUUCCACACGGGCGAGCCGACAGUGCACGUGACGGGUCCGGGCGGGAGCAACGUGCGCACACGCGUGUCGGCGGGCGGGGACGGGCGCUACACGGCGACGUACACGCCCGAGGCGGUGGGCCGGCACAGCGUGCAGGUGACGUGCGCCGGCCGGCACGUGCCCGGCUCCCCCUUCACCUGCAACGUGUACGACGUGCACCGCGUGCGCGUCACCGGAUUGGGACCUGGAGAACUUGAAGGGACACUGGAAGGUUUAAAUCUGGAAGAAGGGGCAGAUGAGGAACGGGCAGUGGAGGUGGGCAAGCCGGUGACAUUCAGUGUGGACGCGGCGGGCGCGGGUGAAGGCACGCUCGAACUAGUCGUCUCUACACCUUCCACCACAGUCAAAGCUGAGGUGGUUGCGGUAGCUCGCGGUCUCUACGACGUGACGUUUGUACCCGUGUCUCGUGAGCCGCACCGUGUUUCAGUCACCUUCAACGAGCAAGCGGUGCCCGGCAGCCCCUUCGUGUGUCGAGUCAACGAACCACUCACUUAUGUGCAAAUAGGAGGUGUGGCAUCAGUGGAAAUCGACGAAACUCUGACGGACGUAGAAGUAAUAUCUCCCUCUGGGACAAGAGUGGCAGAAGCUACGUUGGAGGACUCUGGCCUAUUGACAUUCCCCGCUAGUCGUGUUGGCAGAUACAUGGUGAGGAGUAGCAGAGGGUCAAUAGCGGAAGUCGAAGCGCUUGAUGCAUCCGCCGUCAAAGUUCUUUCAAUCGGCGAUGCUGUCGCCCACCGCCCUGCAUUAAUAACUGUGAGCACGAGUAACGCGGGCAACGGUCGUCUGUCGGGGCGAGUGACGUGCGGGGGCGCGACAGUGCCGCACUCGGUGCGCCGGCGCGGCGGCGGGCGGCAGGAGCUGGUGUGGCACCCGGCUCGUGCGGCGCCGCAUCGCCUCGCGCUGCUGUGGAGCGGCGCGCCCGUCUCCCGCGAGCCCAUGCUGCUCGACGUGCUGCCCGCGCACCACGGACAGCAGGUAGCAGCAUCAGGACUGGGGCUGUACCAGGCGCAAGUGGGCAAGGUGUCAUCGUUCAGUAUCGACACGCUGGGGCGCGCGGCGCGAGAGUUCGACGUGGUGGUGUCGGGGCCGGGGGCGCGCGCGCUGCCCGUGCGCUGCUACCAGACAAAGUCCGGACUGCUGCAGGCCGAGUUCACCAUCACUGAAGUCGGACAGAGCACUAUUGAGGUGUUACAUCUCUCGAAACCUGUCACCGGCAGCCCAUUCACGUGCGAAUCGUUCGAUCCCAAUAGAGUCAUAGUCUCCGGUCUUCCCACUGGAAAUAUUAUCGCGCAGACUCCAAUCAAUUUUACAGUGGACACGAAGGAGGCGGGCGUGGGCGAGCUGGAGGUAGUGUGCGAGGCGGUGUGCGAGCCCAACGUACGCGUGCGCGUGCCCGUCGACGUACGCGAGGACGCGCACACGCACCGCGUGCGACUUCGCCCCGCCAUGCCCGCACACUACCGUAUAUACAUCACGUACGGAGGAGCACCAGUCCUGGGCAGCCCGGUGUCGCUAGGCGUGCUGAGCGCGCGCAGCAAUGCGGCGGCACGCUGCCUAGGUACGGGACUGGCGCACGCGCAUGUCGGCAAGGAGGCCGCCUUCACCAUACACUGUGCUGAUGACGCCACACCCACUGUACAGGUGGAAAGACUGACGGACAGCAAGGAGGAGGAGACGGACUCCGGUCUGCUGGAGUGUCGUGUGGUGGCGGGUGCGGCGCGCGAGUGGCUGUGCGCGUACAUACCGCUUGUAGUUGGCCUUUACGAAGUCAGGAUAUUUACCAGCACGGGCCCGCUGCCCGGCAGCCCCUUCUCAGUUAAGGUGAUAGACACGUCGGCCAUAGUGCCCGUUGGUGGGUGGGGGGCGGACAACUCGGGGCGGGUGCGCGCGCCCUCCAAGCUCGUGCUGGACAUCAGCAACGCCGGCCCCGGCACGCUCGAGUGCCUGCUGGCCGGCAGACAUCAACGUGUGGAGACGGUGUCGGGUCGUGCGGUGGUGACGCUGUCGGCGGCGGAGGGCGCUAGUGGCGAGCAGGAGCUGGAGCUGACAUACAACGGUGCUCUGGUGGGCGGAGCGCCGCGCCGCGCCCUCGCCGCCGGCCCCGCAGCUGACCGUGUCGCGCUCGCCGGCCGCGGCCUCGCACACGCCGCGCCUCACACACCCGCCGUCUUCACUAUAGACGGUAGCGCAGCGGGUCCAGGCGCACCUGAGGCGUCAUUGACUGGUCCGGACGGUAACGCGGUGCCGGUGGCGCUGGCGGCGGCGGGCCCCGGCCUGUGGCGCGCCUCCUACACGCCGCGCCGCGCCGGAGAACACCAGCUGCGCGUGCUGUGGGCCGGACGACUUGUUAAAGGGUGUCCGCUGACGGUGAGCGUUGUGGCGGGCGGUGGUGGUGGCGAGGGCGGCGGGGGUGAGGCGGCACGCGUGGUGUGCUCGGGCGCGGGGCUGACGGGUGGCGUUGUGGGCCGUGAGAUGCGCAGCUGGAUCGACACACGGCGCGCCGGCCCCGGAGAGCUCACCGCGCACUGCACCGGACCCAACAAGGUGGCGUACUGUGAGCUGUACGAGCACGGUGACGGCACGUUCACUCUGAGCGUGAAGCCGGCGGAGGCGGGCCGGCACGUGCUGAGCGUGCAGUUCGCGGGCGCGCACGUUCCCGGCUCGCCAUUCGUGCUCAAGGUUGCCGGAGCACCCGACCCCUCUAAGGUCCGUGUGUACGGUCCGGGCGUGGAGCCGGGAGUGCUGGCGACGUUCCAGUCGCGGUUCCUGUGCGACACGCGCGGCGCCGGUGCGGGCCAGCUGACGGUGCGCGUGCGCGGCCCAAAGGGCGCCUUCCGCGUCGAGAUGCAACGCGAGAGUCAGAAGGACCGCACAAUACUCUGCAAGUUUUCCCCCACCGAGCCCGGCGACUACCGCGUGGAGGUGCGCUGGGCGGGGCGACAUGUGCCCGGCUCGCCCUUCCCCGUCAUGAUCUUCGACACGCAGGAGGAGCUGCGCAGAUACCUCCAGACCAUUACACCCUAGCCCUAGCCUAGCCCUAGCCCUACAACCAUGGACCGAGACACUAAUAUAGAAAAGAUACAUCGGCUAGUACUGUUAAUAACCUAGAAAGACUGCUGGUUCAUUAUUGCUAUCUUAUACCUUGGGUUUAGAAACUUCUUUUAAAUCUCAUACUCUUUAA